CCACGUGCCGUCUUCCCAUCAAUUGUCGGUCGCCCAAGACAUCAAGGUGUCAUGGUCGGUAUGGGACAAAAAGACUCAUACGUCGGUGAUGAAGCUCAAAGCAAGAGAGGUAUCUUGACUUUGAAAUACCCAAUUGAGCACGGUAUCAUCACCAACUGGGAUGAUAUGGAAAAGAUCUGGCAUCACACCUUCUACAAUGAAUUGCGUGUCGCCCCAGAAGAACAUCCAGUUCUCUUGACCGAAGCCCCAUUGAAUCCAAAAGCCAAUCGUGAAAAGAUGACCCAAAUCAUGUUUGAAACCUUCAACGCUCCAGCCAUGUACGUUGCCAUCCAAGCUGUCCUCUCAUUGUACGCUUCGGGUCGUACCACCGGUAUCGUUUUGGACUCUGGUGAUGGUGUCUCACACACCGUCCCAAUCUACGAAGGUUAUGCCUUGCCACAUGCCAUCCUCCGUUUGGAUUUGGCCGGUCGUGACUUGACUGAUUACCUCAUGAAAAUCCUCACCGAACGUGGUUACUCAUUCACAACCACCGCCGAACGUGAAAUUGUUCGUGACAUCAAGGAAAAAUUGUCAUAUGUUGCACUCGACUUCGAACAAGAAAUGGCCACCGCUGCCGCUUCAACCUCACUCGAAAAAUCAUACGAAUUGCCUGAUGGACAAGUCAUCACCAUCGGUAAUGAACGUUUCCGUUGCCCAGAAUCAUUGUUCCAACCAUCAUUCUUGGGUAUGGAAUCAUGCGGUAUUCACGAAACUGUCUACAACUCAAUCAUGAAGUGCGAUGUUGAUAUCCGUAAGGACUUGUACGCUAACAUCGUCAUGUCAGGUGGUACCACCAUGUACCCAGGUAUUGCCGAUCGUAUGCAAAAGGAAAUCACCUCAUUGGCACCAUCAACCAUCAAAAUCAAGAUCAUCGCUCCACCAGAACGUAAAUACUCCGUAUGGAUCGGUGGUUCAAUCUUGGCUUCAUUGUCCACUUUCCAACAAAUGUGGAUCUCAAAGGAAGAAUACGACGAAAGCGGUCCAGGAAUCGUUCACCGCAAAUGUUUCUAAG